GCCCUUUUGUGGAAAAGACAAGGAUGCCGCCGUCCUUGUGGACCUUUCUUCUGUGCAUGCUUACCUUAUGCACAACGAACGCGUGUAUGGACGUCGAGACAUUGUCGGGAUUAUCCCCCGUGAACUGGGUGUGGGUUGGUGCGCUCACCAGCACUUCCACCCGCCUUCGCGUGUCUGUAACAUUUGUGGAUCCAGCUUGCGAUGCCACCAAACUAUCUCUGUGGGUCGACCAGGAUCUUGAAUCUGCGCCACCAUUACGAUUUCUGAGCACGAUGCAAUCGAUGUCCACUACAACGGAUUUGCACGAUUUUCAGGCCACGGGACUUGCUUCUGGUGCAUCGAUUGCGUAUGAGUUUCGCUACGACAACUCCAUCGUACUCAAACGAUCCAAUCGGUCCGUGCGCCUUCCAUCGCCGCCCGGCGUGCCCCUUUCCUACACGUUUGCGUUUUCGUCGUGCGCCGACGAGGACUCGGACCCCGAGGUAUUUGAUGAAAUUGCAUCGCACGACCCGCUCUUUUUCAUCCACAUGGGCGAUCUGCACUAUGCCAACUUGGACGUGAAUGACGUGGCAGCAUUCCGUGGCGCGUACGAGUCCAUGUUUGCCUCCCCCGCUGGCACGGCCAUGCUGGCCAUGGAAUUGCCCAUGGCGUACAUGUGGGACGACCAUGACUUUGGUCCGGACAAUUCAGACGGCACCGCCCUUGGUCGUCCGGCGUCGUUGCAAGCGUACCGUGAAUACGUGCCCCACUACCCCCUGGUUCGACCAGACGAUCCAUUGGACACGAUCCAACAAGCGUUUACGAUUGGCCGCGUGCGAUUUCUCGUGACCGACUUGCGGUCGCAACGCACUCCCAACGACGCCCCCGACAUCCCGUCCAAGACAAUCCUUGGCCUCGAUCAAAAGCAAUGGUUCAAAGACCAACUGCAAGCCGCGACGACAUCUGAGGACGUUGGCCUCGUGGUGUGGGUCAACACGAUGCCGUGGAUCGACGACGAGCGCAAGUGGGGGCACUUUACCCACGAACAAAACGACCUCGUGGCGUUCUUCGCGACCCUAGACUUGACCUCCAUCCCAUUGGUCAUUGUCAGCGGUGACGCGCACAUGCUGGCCGUGGACGACGGCAGCCACAGCCUGGGCAACAUCACGACGUUCCACGCCGCCGCGUUGGGGCGACCGGGGUCGAUUAAGGGCGGGCCGUACAGUCACGGGGCCUUUCCUGGCUCAGGGCAAUUUGGACUGUUGGACGUCCGCGACGAUGGCACGCGUAUUUGUGUGCGGUACAGCGGCCGCCGCGGCGCCACCGAACUGCUGACGUACGACACGUGCGAGCCAUCCGUUCCUGGGACGUACACUCCGUACAUUCCGCCGUCGAAACCAGUGCGCGUGGUCACGCGGACGCUGAAGAAGUUUCUUUCCCGCCUCGACAAGAAAUGGCAAGUUGUGACGCGGUUCUAUGGAUGGGUGGCUGCGAUGGCGUUGGUGGUGGGGGGGAUAGGGGGUGUUGUGUGGUGGUGUGGUUGCCAUCGUUCCGUGGGAAAACCAAAGCACGAUUAGCCAGCAUAUAUAACACAAUUGUCCACACAAUAUGUGUGUAUAUAAUAUAUCUUGUCAUUGGCUUUUAAC